AAAAAUUUAAAAAACAUUGCAAAUCUGUUACAAUUUCACAAGUUACAACUUGAAUGUAUAAGUAAUUUUGAAUUUAGUUGUAUCUUCAAUCUUAUUGAAUGUGAUGCUUCUGGGAGGAAGUACCCAUAUGUUCAAAAAUCUGGACUGUAAACAAAGCAAAGGGCUGGCUGUUAAAACCCUGAAGAUGUGGCCUGUUUUUAAUGAUCAAUUUUGUAUUUUUGAUUCCACCUCUACGUACCUGCUAACAAUCUUCUAAGGGGCCGUUGAAGGGGUCUUUUAAUAGCUCUCUACAACCAUGUCUUGCUUUGAACCAGCUGAUCCAAGCCAUAAGGAAAUAAUCCGUCUGCUUGGGAAAAUAAACUUGAAAAACAGAGAUGAGAGAAUAAUGUAUAAACUCCUAGAUGACGGUCUUACUCAAUAUGAAUCAAAAACUGAUCCUGGUCUUAUUGAAAAUGAAGAUGAUAAACUGGAAAAAGCGGACUCAAGCAAUAUUAAAGCUGAUCAAUGUAAAUGUGCAAAUACUAUUAACAAAUCAGUAGGACUCAAAAUUGAUGAAAGAAACCAUAAAAAAUCAGAGUGUCAUGUUUAUUUUACAAUGCUAGAUGAUAUACCACCUCCUGUUUAUCAGCAAACAUUCCACCAAUGGAAAGCCAUGAUGGACUUGAAUUUCAACUUUUGGAAGAUGCGCAAAAGAAAGAUUAUCUAUCUCCAACCAUUAGAUGAUUUUCCUGAUUUCGUUAACAACUCUACAUUUAAUGUAAAUAAAAAGACAUUAAACUUUUUUGAGUUGCUUCAACUAUUUGCCAGUGUAUUUUUCGAUGGAUUUGAAGUUCAGCUACUCCCAACGCUAGACACUGUACAAAAUGACUGGAAAAUAACUCGUAGAAAUCAUAAAACGACUGGGCAAAAACAGCAACUUGUGACUGAUGUCAUUGCUUAUCUUUCUAAACAAAGACCAAAGGAUGGAUUUUGUAUGCUCGGACUAACUUGGACAGAUCUCUACCCCACCCCUGAGCUGAAUUUUGUCCUGGGGGAGGCUAGCAUGCCUGAAUAUGCAGGAGCGUUUAGCUUUGGACGGUACGAACCCAAGAGCUACAAAGAUGGAGUUCCACCACCAGAGAUUGAAAGAUUUGAUGGUUUUCUCAUCUGGAAGAUGUUAAAGGUCCUAAGCCAUGAGACUUGCCACAUAUUUGGUCAAAGACAUUGUGUCCAUUUUCAUUGCUCAAUGAAUGAGAGUACAUCGAUGGUCCAAGCGCUGAGACAACCGAUAUUCCUCUGUCCAGUCUGUCUAAGAAAACUACACAAAGUUUGUAAGUUUGAUAUAAAGACAAGAUACAAGAAGUUAUUGGACAUAUUUCAAGCAGUUAACGCCCAAUAUCCUCAUGAGUACUUGGAGAACGCUGUUCAUUGGUUGGAAGAUAUGUUAGUGGAAAUUGAAAAAGCUGAGACUGGUUAUAUGUGACAGAUGAAUGUGGAAUAUAGUGCAAUAGAUUGUGUUCAAACAUGAUCAUUGAAUAAGGAAGAUUUGAUUGAAUUUGAAACAUUACCUUUUGUGAAUUGUGUAUGAAUCUAUGGGAUUUGAAGAGAAAUUUUGAAUGGCUAAUUGUGACUGUAUUUAGUAUUUUAGCCUGAAGUCGAGAGCCAUCAAAAAUUGAAUAUAUUUUUACAGAUGUAUCUGAUAAAAAUCUGGGGUGAAUAGUUUCUAGCAAUAAUCAUGCAAGGGAAAUCAAAAAUUGAAAUCAGAUCCUUCGUGGUGGGUGGGUGGUGGAAACCCACCAAGGUAUGGGCAAUAAAUUAACAAUCCCUUCACACAUGUCUGUAAUGCA